CAGCUACACGCUCACUAUAUAAGGGCGGACUGAGUACACGUGAAGCCAUUUAUUCAGGACUCACAAUCCAAGACCUUCCUGCUGCCGCCAGGUUGGGACGAACAACAGUGCGUCAGCUCAAUCCUCGUGAAGAACUGGUGAAGUAACAGUCCUCGUUCCUCGUUCCUUGUCCCUCCCGCAUCCUUCUUCCCAUCGCCAUGGUCAGCCACGUUGGGGAGAGCCGGGAGGUGCUGACGGAGAUGUCCUCGUCCGCGGCUACAAGCGGGAGGAUCCUUCGUGUUAGUCGCCGCACCGUCAUGAUCCUUGGGGGAGUGUUCCUGUGUGCCGCCGCCGCAGUGGGCACGCUGGCCUACGUACGCGCCAACAGCCACGACGCGGCUCCCACGUCCGAGAACCUUCCAAGCAUACACGCCGAGGCUCUGAAAUCACCCCCCAGUUCACCGCUUGUUUCCGUGCCGUCGUCAAGGAGCACGAAGGGGAGCAGGACGCGACUUCCAACCUCCCUUAAGCCUCUGCAUUACACAGUCAAGCUUCAGCCAUUCGUCGACGGCAACUUCAGCAUCACCGGCUCUGUGUACGUGGAGUUCCUGGUGGAGGAGGCGACGAGCAACGUGACCCUCAACAUCUUCGACAUCAUCACGCACAAUGAGACGGUGAAGGUGGCAGCUUCAGACGACCCUCUCACCAGCCUGGCUAUCACGGAGCAUUUGUAUGACCACGAAACGGAGACCUACACGGCUAAGCUGGAGGAGCCGCUGGUGGAGGGAAUAUCUUACUUCUUGACCAUGGAGUUCGAGGGUUACUUGAACGACAAACUGAGAGGCUUCUAUAGGUCUUCCUACAGCGAUGACAACAAGAAUACGAGGUAUCUGGCGGUGUCCCAGUUCGAGCCAGCGGACGCCCACCUCGCCUUCCCAUGCUUUGACGAGCCGAGUCUCAAGGCCACUUUUGAUGUCCACCUGGCCCGCGAAGAGAGUAGGUCCUCCAUCUCCAACAUGCCUCUGAAGGAGACCGUGCCCUGUUACUUUCCUGAUUAUCUGUCUAAAAAAAAAAAAAAAAAAAAAUUGCUCUUUCUGUAUUGCCAUGGCUUCCCUACUUCCCGGACAGCGAGGGGCCAGCCGGGGUGGGUCUGGGACGUCUUCGAAACUUCGGUACGCAUGUCCACCUACCUCGUCGCCUUCGUCGUAUCCGAUUUCUCCUUCGUUCAGUCCGACGCCAACGACCACGUACACUUCAGGGUGUGGGCGCGUGACCAAGCCAUUAGCCAGACUGAUUACGCCGUCGCCACGUGUCCCAUCUUGACCACCUACAAGGACUACAAUGACGUUCCCUUCCCGCUGCCCAAGCAAGACAUGAUCACCCUCCCUGAUUUCUCCGCAGGCGCCAUGGAGAACUGGGGUCUCAUCACCUACCGCGAGAGAUUGCUGCUGCUGGACCCGCAUGAUUUCGCAGACUCAAAUAUGGAUGACGUAGCGAGGGUGAUCGCGCACGAAUUGGCCCACCAGUGGUUCGGCAACCUGGUAACUCUCAAGUGAUGGAAUGACUUGGGGCUCAACGAGGGCUUCGCCACCUUCAUCUCCUACAUUGGCACCAACCACCUGGAGCCUGAAUGGAAAACAAUGGAGAGAUUUGUGACGGAAGAGAUGCAGGGCGUUAUGGCGCUGGACAGCCUCGAGUCGUCCCAUCCAAUCAGCGUGACGGUGGACAGCGCCAGCCAGGUGAACGAACUCUUUGACGGCAUCUCUUACUACAAGGGCCCCUCCAUAAUUAGGAUGAUGAUGUUUUUCCUGAAGGAGGUGAACUUCAAGAAGGGCAUCCACAAUUACCUCGUGGAUAAACAAUACGACAACGCCGAGCAGGACGACUUGUGGCUCUUCCUGACCCAGGCAGUUGCGGGGAUGGACCUCCUGCCACCCGAGACCACCGUCAAGACCAUCAUGGACACGUGGACACUGCAAAUGGGCUUCCCGGUCAUCAAAGUGGAAAGAGCCGCUGAUGGGACCUCUGCUACUGUGACUCAGAAUCGUUUCCUGCUGGUGAAGAAUGCCAACUCAACAGAUGAGCACGACUACUGGUGGUGGGUGCCGCUCACCUACACAAGCGAGGACAACCCGGACUUCCUGACCACGCACCCCAGCGCCUGGAUGGACGACACGGACAAGCAUGUGACCGUGUCCUCACUGCCGGCCAGCGACAAGUGGGUUAUCUUCAACAUGCAGGAGAGUGGCUACUAUAAGGUGAACUAUGACGACAAUAAUUGGCAGCUGCUGACCGCCCAACUGGAGAAGGACCACACGCCCAUCCACUUGCUGAACAGAGCCCAGUUGAUUGACGAUGCCUUAGAUCUGGCGCGGGCAAGUGAGCUGAAGCUCAUCUCCUACCUGAGACGCGAGGAGGAGUACAUCCCAUGGGAGGCAGCACUGUCCAACCUGGGCUACGUGGAGCAGAUGUUCACGCGCCAAGGAGGCUACGGGGACUUGCGGAUGAGUAAACAACUGAAUGGUAUAGCGGAAGGAGAAAGAGAAAGAGACGAUAUAAACAGUCUGCCUGGCCUGCAUCACCUCGCUCUUCCCUCCACACAGGCAUACAUGCUGUCCCUCCUGGAACCUCUGUACACUCUGGUGGGCGGCUUCGAGGAGCACCAGGACGACCCGCAGCUGCUGCACUACACGAGGAGCCUGGCACUCUCCUGGACCUGCAAACUCGGGUACAAGGACUGCAUGGACAACUCGGUCUCUCUCUACCAGGCGUGGAUGGCAAGCGACGGAAGCACGUGUUACAGAAAUAGUAUAGCACAUUUCCUCUCACCACCCACCACACACCUUUCCUGCACCACUAACAUACAACCACCGCCACCCACCUCUCUCCUUAUCACUCCUCUCGCGCCGCUACACAUUCCCUGCGUCCCGGCAGCUCGGCGGUGUCCCCUAACGUACAUAAGUAACACCGUCUACUGCACGGGCAUCGCGGAGGGCAGGGAAGAGGCAUGGAACUUCGCGUGGGAGCAGUACCUAACGACCAACGUGGCCAGCCAGAAGGAUAUGCUGCUUUCUGCCCUGGGCUGCGCUAAGGAAGUGUGGCUCCUUUCCAGGUAUCUGGAUACGGCCUUCAUGGAGGGUGCCGGCAUCCGGAGACAGGACGCCUCUACUGUGUUCAGGGCCGUCGCGAAGAAUGAUAUAGGACGUGACCUGGCCUGGAACUACCUGAGAGACCGCUGGGAUUUCUUGUCAGACUACUUUGGAUCCUUCACGACGCUGGGUGACCUGGUGCUUGCUGUGUCCAACGAGUUCAACACGAGAGAGGAACUGAACCAGCUGAAGAUAUUCAAAGAGGAGCACGCCAACGACUUGCACACAGCUGAGCGCGCCGUGGACCAAGCCAUUGAGAAGACCACCAACAACAUAGCCUGGAUGGACAACAACUACCAAACCAUCGUGGACUGGCUGCACGACCACCUCCACCCCACGCCCUGAGCUAGGUGGAGGCUGGGGAUGUGGAGGAGCGAGCGGAAGUGGAGGUGCAGGGAUUUUUUUUUUCUUUUUUCAUAUAGUGGGGAGGGUGGUAAAGGAUGUUAAUACUGGUGGAGGUUGAAAGUGACUACUGUAUGUGUGAGGAAGAAGAGGAAGAGGAGGAGGCAGGAAUCCCACACAGUGAUCAGUAGUUUUGUCAGGUGGAGCCAAAUAAACAUGUGAUUCUUUCGCCAGAGCAUCGCCGUGUUUACUCAUGGGAAAGUCAAUAUUUGCCGUUGUCGCCAUGGUGUGUGCGUGGGAUGUCUGUCUGACGAACACGGAGGUUCGCUUGGGUAAUGCUGCACCACCACCAAACCUCACCCUCCCCUCAACCCAACCCUCGGUGUACCUCUGCCCAGGAUAAGAGGCGCCUCUGUGGGGCUGCCCUUCUCUGAGGGCGCUUAUUCGUCUCGUCUGAUUUUGAAUAUAAUUAUAUUUUUAACA